AUGCCUGAGAAUGUAUCUGAAGUUGAUAACUGUGUGGAGAGUUUAAAAGAAUUAGGGAAUACCCUAUAUAAGGAAGGAGACUUUGCUGGUGCUAUUCAAUGCUAUACUGACGCCCUGAAGCAAGCCAAUGAAAAGGUGGAACGAGCUGUCCUCCUGAAAAAUCGGGCAGCUACAUAUCUGAAGCAAGAGCAAUAUUCAAAGGUUCUAGAGGAUUGCAAUGAGUCUCUGGCAUUGGUACCUCAUGAUCCCAAAGCCCUUUUCCGAAGAGCCCUGGCUCUGGAGCAGUUGGAGAGGAUAGAUGAGGCAUACAAAGAUGCUAAAGAAGUACAGGAACUGGAGCCACAAAACAAGGCUCUAGAGCCAGUCCUGAGACGGCUCUAUGAAGCCCUUCAGGAAAAGGUAAAGAUGAUGUCGCAGGUGUCAAACAAGGUUUCGCAGAUGUUUCAGUGUGCCUUUGACAAGGAUUCCGAUCUUGAAAAAUGUAACAAGGCCUUGAAUAACUUGUUGGUUCUUGCACGUGAGAGAGCGGCUAGUGCCUUGAUGAUGGAGAGGGACUUGAUUGAGAAGCUCAUGGAGUUAUUGAGUGUGAAUAAGACUUCUGAGAUUCAACUCACUGGCAUACGACUCAUUGGAGAGUUAUGCAAAGGCAAUGUUGAGAGAACCAAGAUCAUUGUCAAGAAAAUUGGAAUGCCUUGGUUUUCAGAUAGAUUUCUUAGUCAAGAUGAGCAGUAUAUUAAUGCUGUUGAAUAUUGUAUCCAGACAAUUUUGAAGACUCUAGGGGGUCUGGAAGCUUCCAAGGAAGAAAAAGAAAAACUUUUGAAGGAGAAUGCACUAGAAAUUGAUACAAUCAUGUCAGUACUUCUCUGCUCUGUGACAAGCAGAGUCAUAUCCGGGAUAGGCAGGGAUGCUAUCCUAGAAAUAAUCACUAGAAAUGUUGAUUAUCAAGCCUUGCAAUGGGCUGAGAAGUUUGUCAAGGCUGGAGGCGUGACACGAAUGAUGGAGGUUUCUGCUGAGCUCCCUGAAUUGCCUUAUGAGUCCAACAUGAAGAUCACUGAGUCAACCAAAACCCUUGCUGCUGUGUGCCUUGGCAAAGUAUAUGACAAUAUGUGGCAUGACCUAGCCAAACAAGAUUUCAUCAAUAAAGUAGAAGACUUUGUCAAAGAUAAAUUGCUUGGCAUGGAAAUUGAGGACAAGGUGAGGGUUGCCUCAUCCUUGACCACUCUCCUACGUGGUCCCCUUGAUGUUGGAAAUUCCAUUAUUGCAAAAGAAGGUUUCCUGGAGAUGCUUCUAGUGAUGGCUAAUUCAGGUGAUACUAUUCAGCAAAAGGUUAGUGCUGAAGCUCUCAUUGCUGCUGCAUCCAAAAAGGACAAAGCCAAGUCCAUCGUCUCACAGGGAACGAACAUAUUGAAAAGUCUCUAUCAAUCCAAAGAUGAUCACAUCAAAGUGAGAGCUUUGGUUGGACUUUGCAAACUUGGUGCUUCAGGUGGUACUGAUGCCAGCUAUCGGCCAUUUGCUGAAGGUUCAACACUGAAAUUGGCAGAAGCUUGUCGCCGUUUCCUCAUACACCCAGCCAAGGACAGAGACAUGAGAAAAUGGGCUGUUGAAGGACUGUCAUAUCUCACCUUGGAUGCAGAGGUAAAGGAGAAGCUAAUUGAAGACAAACCAGCCAUUAAUGCCAUGAUUGAGUUGGCCAAGACAGGAGAUCAAUCUGUUGUCUAUGGCUGUAUUACAACUCUUGUCAACCUCACUAACAGUUAUGACAAGCAAGAAAUUAUUCCUGAAAUGAUUGAACUUGCUAAGUUUGCCAAACAGCACAUCCCAGAGGAGCACGAACUGGAUGAUCCUGACUUUGUGACCAAGCGAGUCAGGGUCUUAGGGCAGGCAGGUGUUACAGUAGCUCUAGUAAGCUUGAGCAAGACUGAGAGCAAAAAUUGCAAGGAACUGAUCUGCCGUGUCUUCAAUGCCCUUUGCGAACAUCAGGACCUGCGAGGUCUAGUUGUCCAGCAAGGAGGUGCCAAGGUCCUCAUCCCAAUGGCUCUUGAUGGGACUGAUAAGGGGAAAAAGCAAGCUGCACAGGCAUUGGCCAGAAUUGGAAUCACCAUUAACCCUGAGGUUGCCUUCCCUGGGCAGAGGGCAUGUGAAGUUGUGAGACCGCUCCUACAACUCCUCCAUCCUGAUUGCAAAGCCCUGGAGAAUUUUGAAGCUUUGAUGUGCCUAACAAAUCUGGCUGGAAUGAACCUGACUGUUCAAAAACGGAUAAUGAAGGAAGGAGGCUUUUCUAAGAUUGAGCAUUACAUGUAUGAGGACCAUUUGAUGUUGAAGAAAGCUGCAACCCAGUGCAUCACAAAUCUUUGCUCCUGUUCUGAAGUGUUAAAGUACAUGGAAGGCAAAAAUGAUAGAGUGAAGUAUCUGCUACUGUUGUCUGGGGAACAGGAUGAAGAGGAGCUGGAGACAGGGAAAGCGGCAGCUGGGGCUCUGGCGAUACUCACUUCAGUCAGCAAAAAGUGCUGUCAGAAGAUAUUUGAUAGUGAUCAGUGGCUUAAUAUUUUGCAAUUCCUUGUUGCCAAUCCAGACCCAGAUGUUCAACACAGAGGAGUCUGUAUUGUUCACAACAUGAUGACAAAGUCAAAAAGCAUUGCUGAGAAGCUAAUUGAGACCAGCAUCAUGGAGCUCCUCAUGGCUCUGUCACAGAGUGAUGUGGGAAACCCAAAAAUCAGGGAAUAUGCUGAAAUGUCACUGAAAGCUGCUGAGGAAUGGAAAUUGAUCAAAGCCAAUGAUGGGGAAGAAGAAGAUGGUAACAGUGAUGUUGAUUGA